AUGCUUACUAGUUACCAGCUACUUCAUCUCUAUUUCCUUCUCACAUUCUUCUUCGUAUGCUUCCACUCACACUUCACUUCAGGGAAACCAAAUGAUGGAAAAGUUGUAGCAUUUUCUCGGUAUGAUGCAAUUGCUGCUGAACCUCAACCUCAACCUGAAACAUAUGGAAACUCACCACUUCCCUUAGCUGCUGAGAGAACAAGAAGAAAAGAUCCUUUAGACGGCUUCAAUGAGUACACUAAUGGAUGGAAUAUCAGUGACCACCAUUAUUGGGCUUCAGUGGCAUACACAGCAGUUCCUGUAUUCAGCAUUGUAGCAAUAUGGUUCUUAGGCUUUGGCUUCUGUUUAUUGCUUCUCAUUGUUUGUUACUUCUGUCGUAAAUACGAGCCUUAUGGUUAUUCUCCAACAUGCUACACAUUUUCCCUUAUUCUUCUCAUAUCGUUCACAAUUACAACAAUGAUUGGAUGUGCGGUUCUAUAUUUUGGCCAAGGUAGUUUUCAUCGCAGCACGACAUCAACGUUGCAGUAUGUGGUAUAUCAAGCUGAUUCUACUGUGGAUAAACUAAGGAAUGUUUCUGAUUUCCUUGCUCAAGCUAAGCAGGUUGGUAUCGACCGAGUUUUUCUUCCUGUGGAUGUUCAAACUGAUAUCGAUGAGGCAGAAACAGAUAUCAACGCAUCAACGCUUCUGCUACCACAAUCUCCAUCAUCGUCUGCAAAAAACCUGCAACAGAACCACACUUCCAUCUUUCUUCACCUUUAA